AUGCGUUCAGCUUCGACCACACUGCGCCGCAUCUGUGGUCGACACAGCUCUCCGGCCAGCAUCUGUAGUCAGUAUAGAACUCUCGCCACUUUUGUGGAACGGGACAUUGUUAUACUGCGCCAAAAGUCGAACCAGGACAAUAUCAUUGUCUCGAAACCUCUCAAUCCUGCCAACAAGAUCAACACCCACAAAGGCGACAUAUCUCAUGCCGACAUUAUUGGCAAAAGUCCCAGAGAUCUGGUCACCUCUUCUGCUGGCCAUGAUUACAGAAUUCAUACCAUCACUCUUGCCGAAUACGUUAGCAUGACCAGAAGACUUGUAACUCCUAUCUAUCCAGCCGAUGCCAAUCUUAUUGUAAGCCUGUUCGACCUGCAUUCAUCAAGGGCCGAUGAGGCCGAAAAGAUAGAGAUUCUCGAAGCUGGUACAGGCCAUGGAGCUCUGACUUUACAUCUGAGUCGAGCCAUCCAUGGUGCCAACACUCAGUGUCCUAAACCAGCCCCUGUGUCCGAGGGUACAGACGAUCUGUCGGCCACCGAGCAAGAAAGCACUGACGAGCAGACUGAAUGCGAUGAUGCUGUGACUGCCUGGAAAGCUUCGCGAAAGGCUGUCAUUCACACCAUCGAUAUCUCUCCAAAGUACUCAAAGCAUGCGGCCAAGGUGGUUGCCGGCUUCCGUCAUGGUCUCUAUGCUGACAACAUUGACUUCCACGUUGGAGAUGCCAGUGCGUGGAUCAAGUCUGAACAUGCGCGUCGCGAUUCCGAGGAGCCUUUCUUAACGCAUGCAUUCCUGGACCUACCUGCUACCCACGACCAUCUUUCGGCUGUUGCCUCGGCCCUCAAGAAUGAUGGAAUCCUCAUUGUUUUCAACCCUUCUAUCACGCAAAUUCUAGACUCCAUACAGAAGAUCAAGCGAGAAGACAUUUCUUUGUUUCUUGACCAGACUUUGGAGCUUGGCAACAAUGGAAGUAGUGGCGGUAAACCAUGGGACUUACGCGCUGUGAAACCCCGUGCUUCAAUCAAGGCCCAGACGACAGAGCACAGUUCGGAUUCUGCACAAUCAUCCGGAUCUGAAGCGCCAUCUGAAACGCCACAGGAACUGAACCAGGCUAUCACCAGAGAUCCGGCACAAACUCUGAAAGAAAUCAAGCCUGAGGACUCAGACUGGACAUAUGUUUGCAGGCCUAAGGUUGGAGAAAGGAUUACAGGCGGUGGUUUCCUAGGUAUCUUCAGGAAGAUGAACAACCCUGUCCGACCUUGA